UCCCCAAAGAUCAUGAUGGCGUAUAUGAACCCGGGGCCCCACUAUUCCGUCAAUGCGUUGGCCCUGGGUGGCCCCAACAUGGACUUGAUGCAACAAGCUGUGUCCUACCCAAGUGCUCCAAGGAAGCAACGGCGUGAGCGCACCACCUUCACUCGGAGCCAACUGGAGGAGCUGGAGGCCCUGUUUGCUAAGACCCAGUAUCCGGAUGUGUAUGCCCGUGAGGAGGUGGCUUUGAAGAUCAACCUGCCCGAGUCCAGGGUUCAGGUUUGGUUCAAGAACCGCAGGGCUAAGUGUAGACAGCAGCGGCAACAGCUAAAACAGCAACAGCCCCCAGGAGGUAUCACCAAGGCUCGUCCUGCAAAGAGGAAAGCAGGCACAUCUCCUAGAGCCUCUACGGAUGUCUGUCCAGAUGCCCUGGGCAUAGCAGAUUCCUACAGCCCCCCUCUACCUGGCCCCUCAGGCUCCUCCACCACAGCAGUGGCCACUGUGUCCAUCUGGAGUCCAGCCUCAGAGUCCCCUUUACCUGACCCCCAGAGGUCUGGGCUAGUGGCCUCAGGGCCUGCCCUGACCUCAGCCCCCUAUGCUAUGACCUAUGCCCCAGCCUCUGCUUUCUGCUCUUCCCCUUCAGCAUACGGGUCUCCAAGCUCCUUUUUCAGUGGCCUGGAUCCCUACCUUUCUCCCAUGGUGCCCCAGCUGGGAGGCCCAGCUCUGAGUCCCUUAUCUGGCCCGUCUGUGGGACCAUCGCUGGCUCAGUCCCCUACCUCCCUAUCGGGUCAGAGUUAUGGCUCUUACAGCCCUAUGGACAGCUUGGAAUUCAAGGACCCCACAGGGACCUGGAAAUUCACCUACAACCCCAUGGACCCUCUGGACUAUAAGGAUCAGAGUGCCUGGAAGUUUCAGAUCUUGUAG